AUGAGUCUGUUGGUGAUCGGCACUUUCCUACUGCAUGCGGCCGUUGUUGUCUCUGAGUUAAGCGAUGGCCGCGCUCGCUCGACAUCCUCCCAGAUAUCAUUGAAACAAACACUCGACUAUGUCAUUGUGGGCGGCGGGCUUGCUGGGCUGACAGUCGCUGCGCGUCUUGCGGAGGACCCUAACAUUACCGUUGGUGUGUUUGAAGCGGGAGACUUCUAUGAGAAUACCAGUGGAAACCUCUCCCGGGUCCCUGGAUAUGGUGCACAGGUAUCUACUAGCGGUGCAGACUGGGGCUUGACCACCAGCCCACAGGCUCAGCUCGAUGGCCGCAGUGCCGACUAUCACAUCGGCAAGACCGUUGGUGGCAGUACUGCCGUCAACCUAAUGGCGUACCACCGGAGUACUAAGGGUGCCUAUAACCGUUGGGCAGCGCUUGUUGGAGACGACAGUUACCGGUUUUCGAACUUCCUGCCUUGGAUGAGAAAAGCUGUCAAUUUCACGCCUGCAAACACUCGUGUUCGAGCCAAAAAUGCGACCGUACCAAAAGCGAGUCCUGAGUCUUAUGAUAGUCCCGGCGGUCCCAUCGAUAUUACCUUCGCAAAUUGGGCGAACCCAGUGUCAUCAUAUGCAAAGGCUGGCUGGAAAGAUCUAGGGCUGUCCCAAUUGCAAGAUGUCACAAGUGGAGCCUUGAUUGGAAAUCAAUACGUUCCGAUGACGGAAAGAGCAACCGAUCAGUCACGAUGCUCUGCUAGAGCCUUCUUCGAUCAAGCAGAGAAUAGCGGUAGGCAAAAUCUGUACCUCUUCACCAAGAGUACUGCUCAACGCGUCAACUUCGAUUCCAGAAACCGUGCAGUUUCAGUCACUGUUGAAACAAAUCAGGAGACCUUCGAAAUCAAAGCACGAAAAGAAGUCAUCCUUGCAGCGGGAGCUCUGCAUACGCCCCAGCUUCUUCUCCUUUCGGGCAUAGGCCCUCAAGAUACCCUGAAUCGGUUCAACAUCUCGGUUGUUAAGAACCUUCCCGGAGUUGGCCAGAACUUGAUUGAUCAUCCGAACUUUUUAGUUGCGUACGAAGCCUUUGCGACCACUGCAUCGUCGAUGUUGGAUCCAGGAUUCGCCAGCUCGGCUAUCACAGAGUACGACAAAUAUCACACUGGUGUCCUCACUCAUAGCAUGGCCGACCACUUUGCAUGGGGAAAGCUCUCCAAGGACGAAGUCAGUGAACAGACAGUCAAUGAGCUCUCAGAACUACCUCAGGAUUGGCCGCAUUACAUGGCUGUGCUUAGCGACUUGACAUGGGGUCCAGGUCAAUAUGCUCAAGGCAUCGUGAUGCUUCAGGCCGUGACGUCCCGUGGGUCAAUUUCUAUAGCGAGUUCGUGCAUCGAAGACCCUCCUGUGCUGAACGUGAGCACCCUAUCGACGGAGACCGACCGUGACGUCGCAGUCGCCUCCUUCAAAAUCAUACGACAAUUCUUCAACACCACAUCGUUGCGAAAGAUAACGGGAGCGAACGUGCUGCCCGGGAUCGAUGCACAAGCAACAUGGUCUGACGCAGAGAUCGAAACGUUCUUGCGGCAAAGUAUGUCUCCCGGCAAUCAUGGAUGCUGCACGGCAGCUAUGGGCAAAGGAUCAGAUCCCAAUACCGUCGUAGAUACCCAUGGUCGGGUGACAGGAACUAAGGGGCUUAGAGUAGUCGACGCGUCGGUAAUGCCCUUUCUGCCCCCUGGCAACCCAAUGGGAACUCUUUACGGACUGGCAGAAAAGCUCGCCGCAGAUAUCAAAGCUGGCUCGUGA